CCUUUCCCUUCACUGCUAUUAUCCAAACUGACCUAAAAGUAAAUUUCUUUUUGUUAUGGGUGGCCUAAAUCAAUUGUUACAUAUCUCAAAAUUAGUUCUUCCCCAAUCCAAUAGGCAAGCAACACUAAAUUAGCUACCAUUUUUUUUAUCAAAGUGAAAAAUUUCGAACAUUUUUACUCAUUUUCCUGCUUUCCUUCUUCAUGACCCACCAUCGCCGUCAUCUUCAUACGAUCUCCGACGGUACUGCCUACCCGAUGCCGCCUGCGAUUCCCUGGAACAGCCCCUCCUCCGAUACGUCACCUAACUCUUCCAUUAUUGAGCCAUCGAUUCUCGCCGUCGAGGGUAUCCUCAACUACACCUUCAAAAACAAGAGGCUGCUGGAGGAGGCUCUGACGCACUCCUCGUGCACUUGGUCGCGGUCAUACCAGCGUCUCGAGUUCAUCGGGGAUGCUGCGCUUGCCCUCGCCUUGAGCAACUACGCAUUCCUAGCGUACCCGGGUCUUGAUCCGGGUCAGUUGUCUCUUUUUCGCGCUGCAAAUGUAAGUACGGAGAAGCUCGCCCGAGUGGCCAUCAAGCAUGGUCUUUAUCAGUAUGUGUUCAGGCACAAUGCCACUGCUCUUGAUGAUAAGGUUAGGGAGUUUGCUGAGAUUGUCAGUCAAGAGGGUGAUGCAACCGUAUAUGGUGGAUCAGUGAAAGCACCUAAGGUUCUAGCUGAUAUUGUAGAAUCUAUAGCAGCUGCUAUCUAUGUUGAUGUCAAUUUUGAUCUUCAAAAGCUUUGGACGAUGUUUAGAGGUCUGUUGGAGCCUAUUGUUACACUUGAGAAUUUGCAUUAUCAACCACAACCAGUGACGAUGUUGUUUGAGCUUUGCCAGAGGGAAGGAAAGCAAGUGGACAUCAAGCAUUGGAAAAAUGGGGCAAAAAAUAUUGCUAGUGUGUUCAUAGAUGGUGCAUUUGUUGCCUCAAGUUCGUCUGAACAGAAGGAGAUAGCAAAGCUUAAUUCUGCUAAAGUGGCUUUGGAUAAGUUAUCAAAAUGUCUAUCUUCUAAAACGGGGGUGCUUGAAUAUUCUAUUGCAGAGGAUGGAUCUUUUGAGAUUGAGGGAGCGAAACAGAAGUUGCAUGAGCUCUGUCGCAAGAGGAAGUGGCUGAAACCUAGUUAUUGCAUUGAGAAAGAGGAAGGCCCUUCACAUGAGAAGAAAUAUGUAUGUGCUGUUAAAGUUCCAACUGCAGAAGGUGUGCUCUAUAUGACAGGGGAUGAGAGGUCAAGAGUGAAGGAUGCUGAGAACUCAGCAGCCUCCUUCCUAAUUGGUGCCUUUCAAGAAUCUGAGUAUCCAUGAUUUUUCUAUUCUCUUUGGAAGAAUCUGUAACAUGAUUGCUAUGAAGCUCUAGGCCUGUUAAUGGUAAAUCAUAAAUGCACAAAUUGAAGAAAAUCCUUUUAUUGUUUCAUGCCUACCACUACUAGAUUGGCCGUGAGAUGUGUAAAUAGUUCCAUGCCCCUCAUUUCUUGAAGUGAUAUUGUGAAAAAGACCAUUCAACACUUUCAACUUGUAUUAUGCAGCUACAAUACAUUAACAAGGUUGAUUUUGUUUCUGCUGUCUUGUGUUUUUGAUU